AUUUAUCCUUCAGCCUGAGUGCUGAGAUUCCUAACCUAAUAAAUGUUAAAGGGACUGAAAUGAUGAAAAUCUAUGAGAAUGUAAACAAACAUUAAAAAACAUCACAAAAAUUGGUGCCUUCAGUAGAGAAAAAGUGAAAAGGAUUAUCGAAGACCAAUAAAAUAUAAAGAAAUGGAUUUACUUGAAGACCCAGAAAUCAAAGAAACCUAUGAUAAAUGCAAAUACAUAGUGAAAGUAUGGGAGCACAAAUUCGUUAAAAAACACAAAAGAAUACCUUCCAAACUUGACAUAAAGGAUGCUAGUAGAGAAGUACGAAAUGCUUAUAGAAAAUACUUUCAACUCAAAACUGCUGCUCUGGAACAAAGUUUCAUGGAUGUUGAUGGUUUUGAUGAUGAAGAUGAUGUUAAAAAUGAGGAAUUGAGCAGUAAUGAUAAAAUCGGAUAUAUCCCUGGUGCUAUAGAAGAAAAUGAGAGUACACACACAUUCAACUUAACAGAGGAAAUACCAGAUAUACCAAAUAAAUCCACUCUCAAUGCAAAUAAGUUAGAGGAGGAUAAGUCAAAAGAAGUAAUAUCAGAAGUAUGGGGAGCACAUUUGAAUAAUAAAAAAAAUGAAGUUAAAGAAAAACAGUCUGAACAGAGCAAAACUAAUACCAAUUUGAACAUCACAAAGAAGUUGUUUUGUGGCUCAAAGUUCUCUAAAAGGAAUCCUAGAAAAUCCCUUUCAUUUUCACAAAAGAAUAAAAGUGAAACUACAUUCAAUCAAGUUUCUUUAUCUCAACCCAAUCCAACUACUGCAUUUGAGUCUGAAGAGGCAAUAUCUUUAUCACAAUCUGACAUCUUUAGUGAGAACUCUAUUAAUUUUAGCACAUAUUCUGAAACUGUUAACUCUCAACAAGUUAAUAUAGUUCAUAGUGUACUAGAAAAUAAUCAUAGACCUUUGAAAUCUAUAGACUCAGGGUGGCUUGAAAGAAUUAUACAGGAAACUGGGAUAUCUAGAGAAAAUCCAGACUUACCAUUACCCCAAAAUCUAUCUGAGGCAUCAAUUUCUAAGGAGAAUGUAGAUACUGAAGCCACAAAGUUGGACUAUGAUAGUGAAGAUAUUAUUGAAGAAUCAGAUGAGGAUUGUUCAUUUGAUAGUAGAUCUCUGCAUAUAGCUAAAAAAAGAAAAGUUGACAAUUCACUUGUUCACAGUGAAAUUCUAUCAAAUUGUGCAUCAGAACAUGUAUUAGAUCAAAAAGCUACUGUGGAAACUGACUAUCAAGAACAAGGUAAAAUAGAAAAUGCAAUUUUUAAUGAACAUGAACAUGAUAAUAAUAAAAUGUAUGAACAUGACAUCAGUGAAAGUGAAGCCAAACAGAGUUCAUGUGAUAUUGAACACAAUAAAAGUAAAAAUGAUGAAAGCCAUAGUGACUCUGAAAACUCUGAGAACAAAAUAAAGCAAUUAGAAAACCCUGAGAAAUGUGAUAAAGGCAUAGAAAAAAAACGCAAAACUGCAGUUUCCAAUCCAAGAAGAAAUGCCAAAUCACCAAAACGUAAAGCUAAGAAGCCACCUUCAAAGAGAAACACAUCACAGAAGAAUACCAAGGUUGAAACAGCACCUAUUGAGGAUAUUUCACCAAGAAGAUCUUCAAGGAAAACAAGAGUAAAAGUGAGUCUGCAAGAAUUUCCCAGUGAAGAAGAAGAUGCUUUUCAUACAGACACUGAUGAGAAAGAUCCGGAAUUCAAUUUGGAUAAUGAGAAAAAGAAGAAAAUACAAACUUGUUCAUCAGAUGAAGAACCAGAAAAACACACUGAAGUUAUCACAAAAACUAAGAAGAGAAAAGAAAAAUCGAACACAAGUACACUUAACAAAAGCAACCAAAAAAAACUUGAAGACAGUAACUGUGAGACUGAAGAAAAAAAACCUUAUGAAUUAGAAUUCUCAAUUAAGCCCCGUAUAGUUGCCCCAAGGUACAGUAGCCUCAAAAAGAUCAUCACACAAACCAAAUUAUCCUCAGAGGUACCAAUCCCAAAGUCCGACAAACCAGAACCUUCCCUGAUCAAAGACAAGAGACAACAAGCCAAAGAGAACUUGGAAAACAAAAUAGCUACAGGCAGACUGAACGACAAUUUCGUGAGAAUCGACAUCAAGAAGAAGAAGUUUGUCCGAGGAAAAACUACUAAGAGCUUCAGCAAGUUCAAGAAGGCCCAGUGGCGUAGCAACAAGGCCAAGGCCCUGAGUGGCCCGGAAAUGGACAUGGGCGGGUGCGAUGGGGGCAUGCUCACGUGUUUCAACUGUGGACAAACCGGACACUUUGCCAGCCGUUGUCCCAACGAGAAAGGGGAUGGAUUGUUGCCCCUGAACACAGAAGCUGAGGAGGAGUGUCCGUUCCCCACUUUGGAAGAAGCAUCACAAAUGGCUGUUGAGAGUAACUUGAUUGUACGUGUGCCUAAAGUGGUGUUGAAGGAAACACAGAAUGGGGUUGAGAAUAGUAAAAAUGGUUCUGGGGACGAGAGGGAUGAUGAUGGCUUGAUGAAUGAGUUUGAAGGGCAAUUGGUUUUGGAAGCUUUGAGGUUGGAAGAGUAUGUGAAGAAGCUGGAUGUGAAUAUGUACAUGGAUAAUGUGAAGACUGUUGAACCUUAUUUCAAGUUGGAGGAAGAUGGUUCCAUUAUGAAAACACCCCCGAUAGUCUACGAAACCCUGAAGAAAUUCGGCCACGACUCGUUCCGCCCCGGCCAAGAACAGGCCAUAAUGCGCAUCCUCUCCGGCAAGUCCACCCUGGUGACUCUGAGCACCGGCUCGGGCAAGAGUCUCUGCUACCAGCUGCCCGCUCACCUUUACUCCCUGAGGCGACCGUGCAUCGCCCUGAUCGUGUCGCCGCUGGUGUCGCUCAUGGACGACCAGAUAACGGGCGUAGCGCGGUUCCUGAAGGCCGGCUGUUUGCACUCCAAUCAGACGAAAGCGCAGCGGCAGAAGAUCCUCGAGGCGGUUUCGGCUGGGGAGCUGAGCGUGCUGUUGGUUUCGCCGGAGGCGGUGGUGGCGGGGGAGAAGCAAUCGGGAUUCGGGUCUUUCUUGCGGAAACUUCCGCCAAUCGCCUUCGCGUGCAUAGACGAGGCCCACUGCGUCUCCCAGUGGUCGCACAAUUUCCGGCCCAGCUACCUCAUGAUCUGCCGAGUGCUGCGCGAAAGCCUCGGAGUGAGCACGAUCCUCGGACUCACCGCUACCGCCACCAGGGCCACCAGAGCCAGCAUAAUACAGCACUUGCAGAUCCCCGACGGCGAAGCAGGCGUCAUAAGCGACACGCCGCUGCCCGACAACCUCGCCCUGAGCGUCUCCAAGGACGCCAACAGAGACCACGCCCUCCUCGGGCUGCUCACCUCCGAGCCCUUCUCCGCCUGGCACAGCAUCAUCGUGUACUGCACUCGCAGGGAGGAGUGCGAGCGAGUGGCCGCCUUCUUGCGCACCACGCUCAAGAGCGAACUGCCCGAGACGAAGAAGCGCAAGCGCAUGAGCGGACAGGCGGAACCGUAUCAUGCCGGCAUGGCGGCGAGCAGGCGCAAGAGCGUGCAGAACGCGUUCAUGGCUGGAGAGGUGAGGAUCGUGGUGGCCACAGUGGCGUUCGGCAUGGGCAUCAACAAGGCCGACAUCAGGGCUGUGAUACACUUCAAUAUGCCGAGCAGCUUCGAAAGUUACGUUCAGGAGGUGGGGAGGGCGGGAAGAGAUGGAUUGCCAUCGCAGUGUCACGUGUUUCUACAUCCGCAGGGCGCCGACGGCAACGAGCUCAGGCGCCACAUCCACGCCAACUCGAUCGACCGUCACGCCAUCCGCAAGCUGUUGCAGAAGAUCUUCGUGCCGUGCUCGUGCAAGACGGCGUGCCCCAAGCACGAGGUCGCCUUCUCCAUAGCCGACACCGUCCGAUCGCUCGACAUACCCGAAGAGAACGUGUCGACGCUGCUGUGCUAUCUGGAGCUGCACGAGAACAAGUACAUCGAGUUGUUGAGUCCGGCUUACACUUGGUGCAAGGUCAUUUCGUACGGGGGGCCGAUGGAGAUCAGGAAAAUGGCAAAGGAAUGUCCUCCUCUGGCGAUGGCCCUGGCAUUGCACAAGACCAAAGAGGGUGAAGACCAGAACGUACUCGAGUUCCCCGUGGUGGAUGUGGCAGCGGCGAUGGGGUGGGAGAGUGGUAUUUGCAAGCACAAGUUGAAGAAUCUCGAGUGGACCACAGUAAAUAACCAGCCCAAGCGAUCCAAAAUCACCGUCCAGUUAUCGGACCUGGGCUUCCACCUCUUCGCCCCCGGCAACCUCUCUGACGACCAACUAGACGAAGCCUUGGACAACCUGUACAGCCGAGUGGUCGACCAAGAGCAGAAAGCUCUGUUCCAGCUCAAGGCCAUCCACCAAACGCUCCAGCACGCCGCCAAACCCACGUUCCGGAUGACCUUGUCGGAGGACAAAGACAACGCGAUCAAGCUCAAGGUCAGAGAGUACUUUGACUCCCCUGAUCCCUUGAAGAUGGUCGAGGUCGAAGCGCCUGCGCAGUUCAAUGAGGAGCAGCUGGUGUGCGACGUGCACGCUUUGGUCUCGAUGUACAAGGACAAUUCUUUCACCGGGCGAGCUGUGGCUCGGAUUUUCCACGGGAUCCAGAGUCCGAAUUAUCCGGCGGUGGUGUGGGGCCGGUGCAAGUUCUGGAGACGGCAUCUGGACAAGGAUUUCCAUGCUGUGGUGAGGAUUGCCACUAGGGAGAUUAUCAAGCUGAGAUGAGAGGAUUUUAAUACAUUUUGAUUUUAGCAGAGAUGAUUUUAUUUUUGAAAGAAAUUUAGAGGAAAGGUUUCCUCUUGUUCAGUAUGAAUCUAGAAUGCAGGGGCGUCGAUAAUAUUUUGGGGGGAGGGUAGUGGAUACUUGCUUUAGGUAAUGAAAAAAAUGCUAGGUUCUAUGCAGAGCCAUAAAUAACAUACAGUGUCUUGCAUAAAGCUGGAGACAAACUUUUAACAAUUCAUUCCGAAAUUCGACUGGGGCGUUGAGUUUCGCCUUGAUAAUUAUAUUCAAUUCCUACC